UCUUUUUCCCCUCCCUCUUGUCUACUUAUCUACACAGAGAAACCUCCCAUAGAAACCUCCUGCAGAAACACCGUCAUGGAGAAGAGCGGAGGACAGAGUGUCAUUCACGAUCCCUCUUCAUCUGGAUCUCCCUUUUGAGCGCCGCACUGACUUCUCCUAAUGCAAAGAGCCCAGGCUGAUGUUUCUGGACGCCGGGAGAUGAAUUGGCUUAUAGGGGCAGAAAGCGAGCAGCUGCUACCCGGAGCACUGAGCAGAUCGUGAAGAUGUUCUGAUGCUGCGUUUGGAGAAUUGAGACAGGAAAGAUAUACGGGCUUUGAAGGAGCAGAUACUCAAGCAUCCUUCAGGAGAGUGAAUGUCUGUAGAUGCCAGGCAAGAAAAUAUCUUACUCAACCCAAGUGAAAGGUUCAACUUGCCGAAAAGAAUGGCCACUGGAAUGUCACAGAUGAUCCAAUAGUCUGGAGACGUUCAAGAAUAUCAAUAUCUACGGGACGCAACACAUCACACGUGCUUCGGUUAUAGCUAGAAGUGGAAGAGUCAUUUUAUGCACUUUCUGGCGUAUUACUGACUUUCAGUGUUUGCGUUUACCGUCGCUAAAUCAUAGCGGAGGACCUGAACAUACGAUCGGGAGGCAGUGGAGUUUCCUUUUAUUGCCCGGCGGGAGGAGAGAAUUUGCAUUGUAAUAGACACGGAGAAACCCUCACUAUGGGACAAGCUGCUGUUUACACCGACUGCGCCGUGGAGCCGCUUUCAUGAGCUGAAGGCGCCCAGCAGCCUCCUCCGCUGUAGGUGUCUGUCGGUGACACCCCGAUCCCCCGAGCGGGUGGCUCUGAUCACGGCUCCGGAACCGACAGCCGGCCGCCGGAUAACCCGCACCAGCGUCGACAUCUCCACAUAUGGGACACUGUGGACCGUAUGGCGUGCUACUACCUAGUGAUCAGCUCCACGCAUCUCAGCAAUGGCCAUUUGCGGAACAUUAAGGGAGUUUUCAGGGGUCCGCUGUGUGAGAGCGCUGGAGGCGACUCGCCGGACUAUGCAGAGAAAGGAAAGGCUAUCACCAAGGCUGUGGAGGACUUGAAGGCUAAUUUCUACUGUGAAUUAUGUGACAAACAGUAUCAGAAGCACCAGGAAUUUGACAACCACAUAAAUUCCUAUGACCAUGCUCACAAGCAGAGGCUCAAGGAGCUCAAGCAGAGGGAGUUUGCCCGAAACGUGGCCUCCAAAUCCUGGAAGGACGAGAGGAAGCAGGAGAGAGCACUGAGACGGCUCCACCAGCUGGCUGAGCUGCGGCAACAGACUGAUCGAGGUCCAGGGAAGUACAGAUCCCAGCAACAUGGCCAACGCCUCUUACCCGGGCGGGAGUUUCGGCUCGGGGCCCGGCACCUCCUCCCAGGCUCCGGGGGGACCUCUGCAGUGGUGACCUCCAGGUUCCCGCCGCCGCAGAGAGAACAGCUGCACAGUCGCAAGAAGCCAUCGCAAGGGAGCCGGGAUCACAGCGGCCGCAGGUCAGGGGUCUCCUUCUGCUUCUCCAGGAAAACUCAGCUGAAGCUAGAGUCGUCUGCAUCGGUCUUCAACGACAGUGUGGAGGAGGCCCCUGGAGACAGGGUGGCACUUUGGAGGCAGAGGCAAGACCCAGAGGCCUUCUGGGCACGGGUGGCAUCCCAUGGAGAUCUCACAACAGACACGGUUGAUGGUGGCACCCGGAGAGACCUGAUGAGUGGGAAGACGUCAUGGGAUAGCGAGGGGGAAGGACGGGAGCUCAGCAGGGCCAAAGAGGAGGGCUCCCUCACAUCGCCACUCCAGCCCCGAGUAAGGCAGUCAGACAAAAAGCCGAAAGAUGCUGACAGGAGGCUCCGUGCCACCUUUGUAGAGAACCCGGCAGAGGUGGGAGGUAGCCCGUCCCAGAGAGUAGGCACUGUGAUCCGGGAAACUCUCGGGUCUCGAGAGGGCAUGAGAACGCGAGACUUGGGAUCGGAGGCUGCCUGUGACCAUGGACAGAGAUAUAUCGUGGUCAACACUGACCCAGAUAAGAAACAGCUUUUGUUUGUAAAUGUUUUGGCCCGAGAUGGGGACACCAUGUUGAAAUGGCCUAAAGAACAAGUCCGGUACACAAAAUCGGAGCCCUACAUAUCCUACAGCUGCAACCCUCUUUACUUCAACCUCGCUCAAAGCAAGAGGAGAUUAACUAAAGACAUAUGUGACAUGGUUCCGGGGAAUGCUGAUGAGUCCAGGGAAAGUAGGGAGGGCCAAAGAGGAGCUUUUCACCUGGAAAACCGUCUUGGAAUUUCAAAGCCAAAGAAUGAACGGAGUCACAUAGAAUGUGAAACCCAUAAUGCGGAGGGUAAUGGAAAGCCCGGCGCUCUGUGUACUCAGAAUGCUGACUACCAGGUGUCCGUGGGAGACCCAAGUGACAAGUGUGCGGGUACGAAAAGGCUCACACUUAGCAAGAGGAAAAGGCAUCUGAAGUUGGCAAUGCUGAGCCGAAGGAAUAUGGUGACGAUGAGUGGAUCCAAGGCUCUCGCGCACUCACUCUCCACUGCACCGAACGCAAAGGAAAUGCAUCGGGUUCCAGCAACAGCAGCACUAGGCCCCGUGGGCAAAUCCUCUCCCCACCCUGCUCACUCCUCUGCCAGGCAGAAUCGGUUCAAGCUCCAUGGCAGUCGCUCUGCGGCACAAUCCAGCUCCACAUGGGUGACAGAGACCUCUGACCUGUGUUCCGACGAUGAGGGGCCACUGUACCGGGCCAGGAGAUGGCCGUCCUCUACUGGGUCAUCUCCUGGUUUGUCACUGAAGAGAAGAAGUGGCAGCAGGCCGGAUGAGAGCUGCAGCGAUGAUAGCUUAGUCCAUAAGAGGAGGCGUCCCGUCACACAGGUAGAGCGAAGUGAAAGACAGGGGUGGUGCAGGGAGGAGAGGAGCUCCAGCACAUGUAGCAGCACGGACACCUCCGAACUGAGCUGGGGCAGCCCAGGACGCCUACAGGCCCAGCCCAGACCCCGAGGCAGAGCCCACAGCUUCGAGGAACCCCAGCCAGUGAGGUCUUCCAAGGGAAAUUCCAAUUUGGUCUCCCGGGGAACGUCCCGUCUUGUCAAGCUUGCCUCCGUUGUGAGGAAAAUAACCAGAGACCAGCCUCAUUUGCUGAGGGCAGAUGAAAAGGACCACGCUGCUGCUUCAAAUGCCAAUCAGGCCGAAGAGUUAGAGGACAGGCCUGCAGAGGAUACAAACCCCACGAGGAAAAAGAUGAAUACCGCCAUGUGGUUACCUCUGAUAGGAAAGCUGCCCGCUGUCAGGAGGAGAGCCAAGAAGGAGAGAUGUGAGCUCAGCCAGGGCAGUGCAGAGCCCCGGGUCGUCCCGGACCAACCGGAGGAGGGCCCAGCUCCAUCUCCUCUGGAUUGUUCAGGGAGACUUGUCUGCCCCCGAUCCCCAGCCCAGACAGAGACCAGCACAGCAUCCUGGUCUGCAGAACACCCCUUUAGCAGUGAUGCGUAUCUCAGACAGCCGCUGGAGUCCAGCAGGCCCCAGAAGAGCUUCUCCCCGCCUCUGGCCGAGCAGCCAAUCACCUUCUCUGCAGAUGAGAUCGACAAGUACAAACAGCUUCAGCUCCAAGCCCAGUGGCAUGUGCAGCAGCAGCAGCAGCAGCAGCAUGCCAAGGCCGUCCCUGCGGUGCCACCGGAGCCGCCCAGUGCUGCCCCGGUGCCUGCCUUCCACCGGCUGCCUCUCCCACCGCAGAUGCCAGUCACUGGCCUCGCUCACACACUGCUUCCCCACCGGGCUUUGGCCGCAUUCGCCUCCUCCCUGGCCCAGCCACUUGCACCGCUAACGCCCCUGCACCCACUCCCCCAGCCCCGCCUCGCACCCAUCCAGCUGCCCACGGUCACACCCGCUCUCUUCCCCGCCCACCCCACGACCCUCCUGGCUGGCCCCCCUCUCCAUCUGAUCCCCACAGCCACCUUCCGCCCCACACACCUGACCCUCCAUCCGGUCCCAGCCGGCUCCCUCCUUCCAGCCCUGCUGGCUCCUAGCCCUUUGGCCCACGCCAGCUCCACCCUACACCUGCACCCUCUACUGCAACCUCUGUUUCCAGGCCAGAACCUCCAGCCACACUCCAGACCUUCCACAUAGACAGACCGGCCUCCAUCCACACUGUGAAGAACGGAGGCCAAUCAGGUCGAUAAGACAGGAGCAGACACAUGGUUGGAUCAUUUUACAGGACAACAGAGCUGAGCAUAAAUCAUGCUACACAACAGCAGGAACAUGUUUAGAUCAUGUUACAGGACAGCAGACAUGGUUAGAUUAUCUCACAUGACAGCAGAGACAUACUUAGAAUAUGUUACACGACAGCUCGGAUCAGAAAGACAGCAGUCAGUUCCAGUGUGGUCCAGGCUAUAGCUGUCCUUUCACUUCACUGUGUCUCACAGUGACAGUGCUCAGUUAACUGGGAAACAUAACAAAGUUUCUCAGAGUGCAUUUCCCUGCAGUCAGCAUCAUCCACUCACUGCCUUCACCGGAAUUUAAUUUUAAGCCAUAAAUUACACUUCAGCCUUCCAUGGGCACCGUCUCACUGUUAAUCGAAUGCCUAAAACCAUCUCACUACCGAAACAGCGUAAUUAGCCUUUGAAGUCGAUCCUCCACAUGUUGUUCUGCCUUGUGUUGGCGGAGGGGAGAGUGUAAACUUGCCGGGACUGAAUGAGAUCAUGCGGAUUACAGCUGUAUCAUAAUCUGCCCACACUCACGUGGAAGAGGAGCUUAAAACGGCCCUUUGCUGCCUCACUAUACAGUUGUGAAGAGGAGAGGUAGGGGCUGAGAACGGCCCUUUGCUGCCUCACUGUACAGUGGUGAAGUGGAGAGGUAGGGGCUGAGAACGGCCCUUUGCUGCCUCACUGUACAGUGGUGAAGUGGAGAGGUAGGGGCUGAG